UGUCGUUGAUAUCGAUGUGCAUCAGCUCGCCCGGCGCGAGCUGAUAGGUCAAGCGACGCAGGGCCAGAUGUCACGAAGAGAUCUUCAGGCACCGUUCGGACUUGUCCCCGUUAGUUGUGCGAUGACCCACCUUGACGUUCGACCUACAUGGGUGAUGUCGUCUCUUGAUAACUAUUGGCUUUCGCAAUGGAGCGCCAGCAGAGAUCGCUACGAAGCAACACCACCCAAGAAUUUACAGAAUGAAAGCCAUCGCAGUCUCGAAGUAUGGUGAGGUCAACAAUCUUGUGGCCCUAGAUGUGCCUCAUCCGGGCAAGCCUCAAGGCCAUGAUUUGCUCAUCAAAGUCAAAGCCUGCUCUGUGAAUCCAGUCGACACGAAGGUGCGUGCGGGAAGCUACGACGAUUAUCCAGACUAUUACGAGCGUGUGCCUUCAUUGCCACAGAUCAUUGGCUUCGAUGGCGCUGGCAUUGUGGAAGAACUUGGUGAUGAGGUAGAAGACUUUAGCCGGGGCGACGACGUCUACUACGCCGGCAGUCCUAUCAGGCACGGCAGCAAUGCUGAGUAUCAGCUGGUCGACUGCAGAAGCGUUGCGCACAAGCCCAAGAGUCUCAAUUACGUGCAGGCCGCCGCUAUGCCAUUGACGUGGAUCACUGCUUGGGAAGCACUUGUAGAGCGAAUAGAGAUUCAUGAAGGCGAGAAGGCUGGCAUCCUCAUCAUCAAUGGCUCUGGCGGUGUCGGUUCCGUGGCCUCGCAGAUCGCUCGCUCCGUCCUAAAAUUACCCGUCGUGGUAACGACAACUUCACGCGAGGAGACGACAGCUUUCAGUCGUGAGAUGGGCGCAACACAUACGGUAAAUCACCGAGAAGAUGUUGUAAAGCAGAUCCAAGACUUGCAACUCCCGGUGCCCAUCAAGUACGUCUUCAUUACGCAUACACCGGCGGCGAAGUACAUCAAGGACGCCGCUGCCAUCUGCGCACCAUUCGGCAAGGUGUGCAAUAUCGUGCAAGACAAGGAGAUCCCGAUGUACGGCACGGAGUGGAUGGCGAAGAGCCUAACGUAUGUGUGGGAGCUGCUUGGGACGAAGCCCUACUACCAUGUUGACGUGGACAGCCAUGGCAAGAUGCUGAAGCAGCUGGCGCAGUGGCUGGACGACGGCACGGUGAAAUGCCAUAUGCAGCAGAUGCUCCCGCUUACUCUGUCUGGCAUACGAGAAGCACAUGAGCAGCUCGAAAGCAGCGGUGUGAUUGGGAAGAUUGCACUGAGCGUGGAAGCGGAAGGAAUGAGUGAGGAACAAGCAUUUGCGUAGCACUGUUAGACUUCACCCCAUGAUUGUGCACUAUGUCCGCAGGGAGAUAGCAGGCUGAAGUCGCAUUCCCAGACACACAGCUCCGCAAUUUUGACCUGCGUAUGGGUACAGCGGAGAAGUGGAGGAAAUAUUUAUGUUGCAGAUGGGUGGUCAUGCCGUAGGUCCUAGCUCCUUGUGUCAUCUUCGUGGUGCCGGACAAGCGUGCAGAAAAGCCUACCCAUUCGCUCGGUUGCGCUCGCUUGGCUGCGCUUGGAGUCAAGCCUAAAUGCCUGCAUCACUGGC